GGGGCGCUUUACCGUGAGGCUGCAAAUCAAGCAGAUGUGCUUGCUGUGAAUUGCUACAGUGUCUGGACUUUUCUAUACCAAACGUGAUAACACCUUCCUUCUGUGAUUUUUGUCAUUCUUUUAUAUUUUGUGUGUUCUCUAUAAAGGAAAUGAAAUGGAGAAGUUGAAGAAAUAUGCACUGCUGAAAGAUGAAGAUCAGUUUUAUCAUGAAGGAGCUGUGGAGUUGCUGGUCUUUAACUUUCUGCUCAUUCUCACAAUAUUAACAAUUUGGUUGUUUAAAAACCACCGAUUCCGCUUCCUGCAUGAAACUGGAGGAGCUAUGGUUUAUGGCCUUGUAAUGGGAUUAAUCAUACGAUACGCAACAAAAACAUCAGAUGUUGAAAGUGGAACCAUUUAUGAAUGUGAAAAGCUGAAAUCUGGGCCAUCCAGCCUACUUAUUAAUAUAACUAAUCAGGUCUAUGAAUACCAAUACAAAAGAGAGAUCAACCGUCACAAUGUCAAUGCUCAUCAGGGCAAUGCAAUGCUUCAAAAGAUGACAUUUGAUCCUUCCAUCUUCUUCAAUAUUUUGCUGCCACCUAUUAUAUUUCAUGCUGGAUAUAGUUUAAAGAAGAGACAUUUCUUUCGUAACUUAGGAUCAAUUUUAACGUAUGCAUUUUUGGGAACUGCCAUCUCCUGCAUUGUCAUAGGGUUGAUAAUGUACGGUUUUGUGAAGGCCAUGGUACGCCUUGGCCAGUUAAAAGGAUGGGAAUUCCACUUCACUGACUGUUUAUUUUUUGGAUCGCUGAUGUCUGCCACAGAUCCAGUGACAGUCCUUGCUAUUUUCAAUGAGCUGCAUGUGGAUACAGAUUUGUACACGCUUCUGUUUGGAGAGAGUGUCCUAAAUGAUGCUGUAGCUAUUGUGCUGACAUACUCUAUAUCCAUUUACAGUCCCAAGGAGAAUCCUAAUGCAUUUGAUGCUGCUGCUUUCUUUCAGUCAGUGGGAAAUUUCCUGGGGAUCUUUGCUGGAUCAUUUGCUAUGGGAUCCUCUUAUGCAGUUGUCACAGCUUUAUUGACAAAAUUUACAAAGCUGUGCGAGUUCCCCAUGUUGGAGACAGGUCUGUUUUUCCUCCUGUCCUGGAGUGCCUUCUUAUCAGCAGAAGCUGCUGGUCUCACAGGUAUUGUUGCAGUUCUUUUCUGUGGAGUCACACAAGCCCAUUAUACCUACAACAAUCUCUCAUCAGAUUCCAAAAUGAGAACUAAACAGUUGUUCGAGUUCAUGAAUUUCUUAGCUGAGAAUGUCAUCUUCUGUUACAUGGGACUCGCACUGUUCACCUUUCAAAAUCAUAUCUUCAACCCUCUUUUCAUAUUUGGUGCAUUUCUGGCAGUCUUUGUAGCAAGAGCUUGCAAUAUAUAUCCACUUACUUUCCUUCUGAAUUUUGGUCGAAAACAAAAGAUUCCCAGGAAUUUUCAACACAUGAUGAUGUUUUCAGGUUUACGUGGUGCAAUAGCUUUCGCACUGGCUAUUCAAGACACAGAAUCCCAACCCAAACAAAUGAUGUUCACAACGGCAUUGCUUAUUGUAUUCUUCACAGUCUGGGUAUUUGGUGGAGGCACAACACCAAUGCUUGCGUGGCUUCAGAUCAGAGUUGGUGUAGAUCCAGAUGAAGAUAUGAAAGCAGAAGCUGCAAACCAAAGUGCAUCUAACUUGGAUAAAAAUACAACCAAAGCAGAGAGUGCAUGGCUGUUCAGAGUAUGGACAUUCUCUCAGGAAACAAAAGCAGUUGAUUCAAUCGCAAGAGGAUUGAAGGCCAAGAGGAAUGAAAGAUCCUCAUUUUCACUUCCCAGAUUUCUGGCUAUUAUGUAAGAAAAGACCAGUAACCCAUCUGGCAGCUGAGAUUUAUUGGUUGAGUUCACUGCUGUCUCAAUGAGUUAGGGAUGGUACAAGGACACCUAACUUAUCACGUCACUCUGGGAAAUAAGGCAUAAAUGAAAUACCUCCACAAUCAUCUCCAAACUACAGCGAUUCCAAGGUGUCUGCCUCCUUGGUGCCUCUCUCCCCAGCCCCCUUUGCUUCUUAGUGUACACAGGGGUAUGAUUAGGAACCUACAGAGAUUUCUAGCUUAAAAGGCAGGUGUUCUAUGGUUUUGUUCUUAACAGUGUAAAAUGCCAACUCUGCUAUUUUUAAUGGAUUAUGUACCUUCCAUUAACAUAAAGGGUAGCUGGAAAUUAUAUUUUUAUUUUAAUUUCUUAUAUGUAAUGCAUCUACAUGUCUAUAUUUUUUUUUAGGCUGUUGCUACACAUUCAACAAGAUAGCCAUUUAUUUGUAGUUAUUUUUAAGCAUAAAGACAUGAAAGCUUACAAGUUUAAAUGUAGGAUAUGCAUUAUGCCUUAGAGAUAAUGCUUUCCGAGCCUUCUACCUUUACCUACCCAUCUAUGCUUUAUACAUCCCAGAACAGUAAUCUGUUAAUUAUUCCAAUAAGAACAAAUUGAUAAUGUUUUCUUAACAUCUGAUAUGUCUGAUCAAAAGAAUCAAUUCCUGGACCAGAUCUUCCCACAUUCAGUCCAGAUGUGCAGUGGUUCUUCCAAAAGCAUACAACUAAUCUUCAGGGGCAUUUAUAGCAAUAACCUUCAUGACAAUCUAGCUAAAGGCAUAAAGAAAAAUUGGGGUGUGAUUUUAUGCAUACAGUGGUAGAUCCACUCAAUACAGAUGAGCAAAAAUGCCUACACAUUCACUAGCAAGCAGGCACAUGCUUUUCCUGCCUCCAUGUGCAAGGCAAUUGCAAUCUGGCAGCUACACUGAACACAAGAGCAGUGCCAAGGCUGAGCGAGUAUCUCAUGAGUGCACAUGGCAGGGAAAGACCAAGAGGGUAUGCUAUGAAAUACAGUGAGUAAGCUAUGACAAAUAGCCAUGGAUCAGGUCACGUUGGAAGUUCAGGGCAAAUGCAGCACACAUUCACAGGCCUUCUCUGCAACUCCCCCUAAUAUCCAACAGCUGGAACCAGCUCCCAGGACAUUCCCUGAAAGAUGCACACUAACCUAGGGUGGGGAAUUCCCCCUGGCGAACCCUCAGCAAGACCCUGAUCUCCUAAAUCUCCCUUCCCCAACUUUUGAAGCAGGAGAUACAGUUAUGAGCUUGUCACUGCCAAGAGAUACUUUCUCCACAAACCAAAAAGGGUAUAUAUUAAAGAAAAUUCAGAUUCUGUAGAGCAGUUAAUCAGCUGCAAAGCAAAUAGCUAUGACUCAGUUUAUCACAAACAAUAACAGAAUGGGAAUUAACAUUAAUAAGCUAAUGCUUCAUCUGAUUGUGUUCUUUUUUUUUUAAUCUUGCUUCUAAUUAAUUUUGACAGAUUGAAUUAAAAUACUUAUUUGCUUUGCAUUUCAUCUGCAUGGGGCCCUUCCUGAUCAUUUCCUCUCAUAAGAUUGUAUGCUGUCAGCACCAGACUUUGAGCGCUUUUUCUUUUGAACACUAGAGAACUAAGUGCUUAUUUCCAUUUGUUAAAUAUUUUUGAUCUAUUAAGAAACUUCUAUUUUUUGGGAAGGCUUUUCUGCUUUUUGUUUUCAGUUUUUCAGAUGUAAAAGCUUUACUUUGACUUGGAUUUAAAUGCUUAAGUUCCCAUUUUGGCUGUGGGGCCGCAUCCCCAUAUUCCUUUUGAAAAGCCUUCCUGUGUUAGUUCCAGUCACAGCAGCACAGGAACAGGCCUUCGAUCUUUCUCUCUACUUUCUGUCAAAACACUUGCAAGAAACAUUUCUGAGGCAUUUCAGCUGGAAUUAACAAGAGAAGACUGAUUUCCUAAGGUAUGCAUUCCUUCUCCAGACAGAGUCAAGGAGACAAGCUGCUUCAGGAGAAAAAUGACUUUUCUAGCAUCCUUUUCUCCUUGGGAUGUAUGGACAAUUCUCAUUAACAUUAAUUUGGAUUCUAGUUGCUUACUGGGGUGGGUGAAAGCUCCUCAGCAAUUAAAAUUUUUUAGAGCUACUGUGUGCAAAACUAUAACCAUCAAACAACGCUCAGAAGUAAUUCUAAAGAGCUCCAGUUUAUCAUACACAGAGAUUUCUGGAUUCUUUUGUUUCUGUACCCUAUGUCUUAAUAUCUGCAGUUUUGAUGACUGCCGUUACGAUGCAUGCAUUUCAGGAAAUAAAAGCAAAAAGAGAAAUCUAGCAACCAAUUUCACAGUAAAUGGCAGAGAGCUUAGAAGGUCACGAGGUAUAAUGAUUCUGCACAGAAUUUCAGCUAUACCCCUUGGAACUGUGCAUUAAUUACAUUUGUAAUAGCUGUGUUAUCUGGGCAUAAAGGUGAAUUUUAUGUAUUGUUUAUCCUGCCUAUUUUACACUCUAUUUUAAAACUAGUGUUACACAAAUUGUUAUGAAAAUAGCAUACAGGAAAAGUAUGUAGAUGAACUGUAUGCAAAAGCAGCACACAUUCACUGCCACCUUGUAUUAACAUCAAUAAAAUAACACACCAUCCAAAGAAAAAGUAAAUCAAAAGUAAGUCCCUUGGAAUGAAUGGAAUUGAUAUGAUGCCUGACAUAAUUUAGCUCUUGUGCCAAACACUAAAUCCAGCACAGAUGGAGUCAGUUACUCUGUGUUAACACUGCUGUAACCGAGGGCAGAAUUUUCCUGUUGAUACCUUCCUGUUGUUUCACUGGGUUAUGAAAACAGAUGUGAUGGUGGCUCCAGACAAGAAUAGCCUGUCUCUAACAGUGCAUGGUUCAGCAUAUGCUUUCAGUGUUUAUCAAUAACUAUUCACUAGCUGGGAACGAUAACCAAGAUUACAUGCAUGCUGCAUGCAGAGCAGUAAAGGAGUAUAUGCCUGAGUGGAUCCUUUUUCACACGCAUGUACUUAAAAAGAAAAAAUUAUUCCUGCUUCCUUUUCAAAGAAUGGUGGUUGGGCCCCAGAACAUAAUCAAAAACAUACAAAAUAAGCUUAAAUGAGCUUUUCUGGUACUGCAGUGAUUGGUGUUUGCAUCCCAGUCCUACUAAAGCCUGAGAUGCUUUUCCAUGGACUGCUCUGAAAGUUCAAGUAAAUCCUAACUGAGCACAAGGAAUCUGUAAGCAUCCUUCUCUAGAGUCGUGCCGAGCAGAGGCACAACCUUUCUCCACAUCUUUUCACAGUGGCUUCAAGUUCUGCAACCCAAUUAAAGCCCUAGAUGAUCUAAGAUGCUCUCAUGAACAUGCACUAAGUUUUAACCUAAUUUACACAAGCACUACAUAUAAGUUGGGUGAACAAGCAGAACAGAGAGCAGGUGAUGUAAGGAGAUAACACAUAUUAAGGAAGAAUAUUUCUUCAGACUACGUAUGUAAAACAUACAGUCAAUGAGAACAUAACUACAAGCAUCACUUAGCUUCAGUCUCCCCUUAAGAUUCCUAUACUAUUAAAUAAUAUAUCACAACCAAAUCAAAGGCAAAUUAUUACUGAUAUAUUAGGCAAAACACAAGCAACCUAAUGUUUAAAUCUGUAUUUAUUCAGUUAUAUUUGCCUCUACUCACAGAUAUGACGGCAUUUUAAAAUAAUGUGACCCAACUCUUUCUGAAAUGCCAAACGAUGCUAAUUUACAGCAAUGGGGAAGGACCUCCUCAGCAGGAAGUUGACUCUAGACGUUUGUCAUUGCAGUUUUCAAAGAGGAAGAUUGUUCAUUGAGAAGUAAAUAGAUGAUCACAAUUUUUAGGUUUGCAUAAAAGCCAUUAAUGAUGAAUCAAGCUUUGAACAAUCAUUAACGAUCUAUUUCAGUUUUGUCCUUCACAUGCGGAGGGGAGUUAAUCAUUCCCAGUCCUCCACCUGGUGUACAGGGGACUGUUACGCUCUCCUGCUAAAGGAAAACUUUCACCAUUUCUCUUUGGCACCUUUAUUUACUCACUCUGUUUGAUUUAAGAUUAAUGAACUAACAAGUUUCUGAGUAUGCAUGCAUGCAAAAUACAUGCAUGUUAAUAUGUUCAAAGUUUCCUUCAGUUCCAAGAGACUGAUAUUUCUGCAAUCACAUAGCAUGGGUCUUUUUAUUGGACAGCCAAACUCCUUCCAAGACAUUUGCUUGAAAAUAUAUCUGCGUUUUCCAUUAUGAUUUAGUAAAUCUUUACCUCUAAUCACCAUAUGUUAAUACAAAUACUACAGGCUAGCUGAAACUAUUCAGAAUUGCUCUGCACUGUUGUGGUUUUUUUUUUAUUGUGUGGUGCUGACUGUCAAGUACUAUUCAGGUGUUCCAUUCAAGCUGUUUGAUUCUCAGUGAGGCAGUACAUCACUUGAUUUCUCCAGUUCUUUUUCCUUGUUACUGUUUGGUAUGUAUCCAGUUACAAGUGUGUCAUUUUCCUACCUAUGUGGCUGUAUUUUGUCUUCACCUAAUUUUGAAAGAGUCUUAGACCUGUAGCUGAGCUCUAACUGAACUUACCAAUAGGCACGGGUAUUUUCAUGUUGUAACGUUUUAGAGCUUUUCAUUUGCAUCCCUGUUUUUGGAUAUUUUGAAAUCUUAUUUCUAUGAGUUUGGUUGUUUUGGUUGUUUUUUUUUCAGAACAGACUAUGUUUACUGCUAAGAUAUGCUCUUUAAAAUGCUAUUCUACUUUGAACAGGUAAACUUCAGUUUAAGUAGAUACAGCAAGAAAAGACAGUAACAAAAGAUCACAUAGAAAACUAAAUCUGAUAAAUGGUUAUGACACCUCUUGCAUGUUUACUCUGCUUUUAGUAGUACCAUACCAGUCCUAGGAUCUGGGUGUAUAUAUAUUAAUGAUGAGACCACAGUAAGCCACCCUGCCCCUGCUGCUGCCUUGCCGCAAGUUGUCUAAUAUAGCAUUUAAUAGGCAUUUAGCUUAACAAAGCUGCUACUGCACAAAGGUAUAAUUGAAUCUGGAAAAUAAAUAACAAAUCAGAAGAAUGAAUUUGUGCAUUUCCAAAAAAAAAAAAACGUCCUGGCCACAGAGUUAACAGCUUUUCACCUGCUGAGAUAAGGUAUGCCUCUGGUCUUGGGGGGGGGGGGGGAGAAGGGGCAUAAGAUUGUAUUUUUAUAAGCUCAAUAACCAGAUCUUUCACUACUGAGUGAAGGGAGAAGCGCUAAACCACAUAGCCAUAAAGAACUGGAGCAGAAAAGCUGUCAGGUUCACCCACUACUCCCUUUGCUGCCUUCUCUCAGCACAGCAUGUACAGCUGGUGCCUGAUGGCUCCAUGUCCCCCAGUACUGGGCCUGGGCCACCUGCCCCCACUGCUAUCGGGACACUCCAUGCCUUCUAUGCUCAGACCAGGUAAUUCCCAUGACAACUGUUCACCCUCUGGCACCACUGUGUCUACAGAUAGCUGUCAGCAUGAACUACUUGUUCUUGGUUCCAAAAUUAAUAGUAGGAUACAUAGAUAUAUCUAUGUAUCUAUAUGUAGAUAAAUAUUUAUUUAUUUUGCACUUGGGUUUGGAUAAUCCCAGAUAUACAGGUAUAUAAGCUGGGAGAAGAACUCCUGGAGAGUAGCCUUGCUGAGAAGGACUUCAGUGCCCUGGAAGAUUGAAAACUGAACAUGAGCCAGUAGCGUGCACUUGCAGCCUGAAAGGUCAACAGUAAUGUAGGCUGCAUCAGAAGAGUUGGCAGCAGAGCGAGAGGGGUGGUUGUCCCUCUCUGUCCUCAUGAGGCCCCAUCUGCAGUACUACAUCUAGGUCUGGGACCGCAACACAGGAAAGGUGUCGAGCUUUUUGAGGGGAUCCAGAGGAGAGCUAUGAAGAUGAUCAGAGGGCUGGAGCAUAUCUCCUAUGAAGACAGGCUGAAGGAGCUGGGCUUGUUCAGUCUGCAGAAGGUUGCGGGGAGACCUUAUUACAGCCUUCUAUAUUUAAAAGAUUUAUUAACAGGAGGGAAAUCAACUUUCUACAUGAGUAGAUAGUGAUAGAACAAGAGGGAAUGGUUUUAAACUAAAGGAGGGACAAUUUAGAUCAGAUGUCAGGGAGAAGUCUUUCACUGAGGGCGGUGAGGUGCUGGCACAGGUUGCCCAGAGAGGUUGUGGAUGCUCCCAUGCCUGGAGAUGUUCAAGGCCAGGUUGGAUAGAGCCCUGAUACUUGAUCUAGUGGUUAGCAACCCUGCCUUCGGCAGUGGGGUUGAAACUAGAUGAUCCUUGAGGUCCCUUCCAACUCAAGCAAUUCUACAAUUCUAUUAUUUCUCCCCUCUUCCCCCUCUCCAUUAGCUAUAGCUUAUUUUUCUUUACUCACAUGUUCUAUUAAAAGCAAUCCCUCUUGUGAUUGCAAUGGAAUUGAAGUACAAUUUUUAUAUGGGAGACAUUUUCAAUAUUUUGAACACUGAAAUGUCUCUCAAGUACUCUUAAAAUUGGUAAUUACUGGUACCCACACCACUGAUUCUAUGCCAUGUGGCAUCAGUAGAUAUCAUCCACUCCCAAAAAUGAAUCACUUUCCAUAAUGAUUGGCAUUUUCACUAAUUAGCAAUCCUUCCAUGAGAUGCACAUGUCAAGACAGUAUGCAAGUUUGUUUUCAUGCUACUGCUAUGCGUCUUAAUUCUGUUAAUACUGCUUAGACAUAAAAACCAAGGGUACACCAAAAUAUUUAUGAUAUUUUUCUUUAAGGAUGACUCUUAUUUUAGGAGGUAAACUUCACAAAAUAAUUCAAGAGUUACGGAAUUAGAAAUUCCCUGAAAUUACAACCGGAAUCCUUAGCAAGCCCCUGUUUUACCACCUAAUUAAGCAUAUGACAGACAUUUGCAAGUUUAACGCUUCUGGCCCAGGCUGCACAACAGUUUCAGUGUGCAACUUCACAGACAUUGCAUGGGUCACAAUCAGCACCACUGAAGUCAAGGUGAGCUUUUCUAUCCUUUCGUAAUACAACCAAGCCCUAGCUUUUCAGCCCUAUUUUCAAGCCAAACCCCUGUAAUGCACAGUCCAAAAAUCUGUCAGGUGCCAGAACAGGUCUCAAAACAUUUCAUAAUACUCAUUUUUCCAAAAUCACCUUUGCGGUAAAUAUCACCAUUCCCUCCCUGCAGCUGAGUAAACUACAAUACAUAGUUGUUAAGGUAAAAACUCCUGACCCAGAUGUCAAUUUCUACACACACAGCAACAAUAAAUUGCACCUGGAGCCUUUCAUUCACAGGUGAUUCACACUAUUUAAGAAUUUUCUAUCUUUUCAUUUAAGUUGUGAAUGUAUUAGAUGGAGAUGGAAAAGUGUUUGUGUUUUGAUAGAGAGUCUGGAGAGAAGAAGAGAAAUGUUUAACAAUGACGAAAGAAAACAAAACAUCAACUUGACAAUAAAAUUCUGCUUUUCUUCUUAAAUCUAGAAGGAUUUAAAGACAUUAAAAUAAAAUUGGAGCACUCUAUUUAUUACUAGUUAUAUCUGUGAACACAUCAGAAUAGCAAAUUAUACCAUUUUUUAAUCUAUAAGAGAAAAAAUAUAAUUUCAAGACAUUCCCAAAUAAUUUCAUUGAAGAAAAAAUAAAAAGACUGCAUAGAAUCAUUUUGUGAACAUUAGACAUCCCCAUUGUGCUACUGUUCCAGCCCUCAUCAAAACUUCCUCAUCAGAUCUGGUGUCAUUAGAGAGAAAAGUGGCAAAACUGGCUGGUGAGCAUUUCUUAUGCCAUCAGUUUGCGUAUGGCAGGCAGAGUAAGUGCUAUGAAAAAAGUAGGCUAAUUUUUAGAAGAGACAGUGCAAGAAGCAUGUUUUAGAACUCUGCUUUUGUGCAGUUCCUACAUAGUUGGAAGAAGAAAAAAGCCAUUACCAUCAUACAGAUGAGAGUGAUGAAAACAUUAAAACGCCACAGUUACGCAAAUAUAACUCAUUGCAUAAACGAGGAACUGAGAGCUUCUAUGUACACAAACGUAUGCUACUCUGUCUAAAAGAAAUUUGUUUUUUGCAAACCGGAGGAGAACUAGAAGGAAAAAUCCAAUGAAAGCUACUGAUAUAAUAAAAUAAUUGGAAGAAAAUCUCACCAGAAUAGGGGGAAAAAAAUGCUACUGAUAUCAACAAUGUCAAGAUUGCACUGUACCUCCAUAAUUGGAUUGAAAGCUCUUCUUUUAGAAUGCUGAGUAACAUUAACAGUGAAAUAUAUUUUAAGUGACAACAAAAGGCAAUUUCCUAGCUGGAGGGAUUCUAAAUAAAGGUCAAAGAAAACUGCUCAUUAGCUUGAGGUCAGGUUUAAUGUGGCCUUUUGGAUAUGAAAAUGAGGGGAAAUUUCCUAUUUACAACUAAAAAGUACAAAUUUUGGAAGUGUCUUCCUUGACCUACUUGUGUGCAGGACUUCCCACUGAGAUGAAUGCUAAUAGCAUCUGUCUUUUCCACAAUGUCCACACUUGCCAACAUUACAAUACCUAGAUUUUUCUAUCGCUAUUUGCUACAAAUACAAACUACAUUUUAACAUUAUGCAAAGAACCAUCCUAGAGUAGCUAAAAAUACAUAGGUUCCCCUAAAAUAAUAACCAUUUGAUAUACCAUUUAAAAAAUCGUGUCAGUCUUUUAUCCUUCCCACAUGUUAUUACAUUUAUCUUCUCCCCUUUUUUCACUGUAAGAGGGAGAAACUUACGGGUAUGUUUUCAGAAGGGAAUGAUUCGCUGGUUUCUGCAGCUGGAGUGCCAACUUUGGUUAUUCUUGGAGUUUCCAGAUGAGAACAUAUGGUUUUCUGAGAAAUAACAUGCAUUUCUUUCACUUCAGCUCUUAUCAGGUGAUAUUGUUUACCUUUACAGUAAUCUAAUUUGAGGGAAGUUGUUCUGUAGUCCUAUUUACAAUUGGUAAAAUAGGACUAUAAUGACUCUCCUUGCACUGUUCACAUGACUAAAAAUAUUAACAAUAUUUUGACUUCAACAGUUGACAACUCUAAAAAGGUUGAAGUUUAUCCAGAAUGCUGUUCCUAGAUAAUCUCAUUUAUCUCACACACCAAGCUGCCAUUUAGAGACUUCAUAAAUUAAUUAAUAGAUUCAUGCCCUGGCUCUUAACGAACGUCCCUAGAUUUGAACAAAUUUUAGAGUCUGUGUGGUAUAGCCCUGUGCUUUGUUCCUGUUAAUCUGUAUUUCACAAAAUUAUCUCUAUUUUGCUAACUUUUAACCCCAUUAAAAAAAAAAAACACCUAGAGCAUUAGUUCUGUCAAAAAACACAUCAAAUACCAAAAUAGAAUACAUUAAAUUUCUGUCAAAGCAAAAUUUCUUGUUCAGUUAAGUUCACAGGGCGUGAGGCAACAGUAUCCAACACUCCACUGUCAUACCAGCCUUAUGCACAGUUGUCUAUCUCAAGCACAAUAUAAACAUCCCAGAUAUGGAGUUGAAGCCUUCCUUGCUGCUGAGUAUAGUCUUUACGUGCACAAAUCUGAACCUUUCUGACUUAGAGCGGCCACAUGUAGCGCCCAGCAGCAGGUUCAGCGCCUAUUGUGCUUGUGUUGCACCACUGCUUACAGAUAAGGGCAGUUUCAGAACAUAAAGGAAAAGCAUUACUCAGUGCUUUCACUUCCAUUCUACAUAUGCUCCCCAGCUCUAAUCCAUACUACAGUGCUUUAGGAUAUUUUGGCAUUUUUCUGGUCUCCAUUCGAUUCCAUCAGGCUUAGGUUGCAUCUGCUUGGUCACAUUAUGCAGAAAAGGCUGAUGAGCACUGGGAUUAUAGUGUUAGUAAGUUGUUCGUGGUCUCAUGGAGAAGAGGCAUAAGUAAUACUAAGAACAUAUUCUGUUCCACUGUCAGCUAACUGGCAGGAAAUCCUAUCUCAAAUAAUGUCUUUCAGUAUUUGUUGACGGAGAAAGGUAUAAAGCAGUGAGCCGUAGCUUUUGAGAAAAAUUCAGCUUUUAGUUACAGAGCUGUAAGCCUAAUUAUUAUUUUUUUUAUUUUUUACAAACUUCAGAGGGAUUUUUAUUUUUUGUCAGUACAAUUCGAACUAAUGUCAUGCAGCAUAUUUUACUAGGAUCUCCGUGAGAAGCAACUCCAGUGCCUGUACCAGAGAGAUGGACAAUCCAAAUUUCCCAACAUACCAGACAGUCUGAAUCACAGGUGUCAGAGAAAUCCAUGCCAUGGAAACUAACAUGGUCAGUAGAGUGCUUAAGGGCAUUCAGAAUGCAUUGGUCACACUCUCGACUGCUAGAAAACUUUUGUUCAUCUUUCUAUCUUGGCUAUAAUUCUGUCUCUUUCUUAUCCUGUCUAUACAUGGCAACUAGAAAAAUGUAGUUGACACUAACUUGAAGAAUUCCAAAUGUUUCUAUAAAGGACAUUAUAAAUAUAGAACUACAUAUCCAAGUCCCUUUCAUACCUAAAGCUAAUCCAGAAUCCUACAGUAAACUCAUUAACAUCAAUGCAGAGUCAGAAAAAAUUCUUGCAUAGUUCUUGCAGAGAUUCAAACAUGGUCCUUUGUUAAUACAAGAGCCCAACAUGUAUCUGCGACCUUAAAUUAAGAUUUAUUAAGAGUCCACUAGGAUUGGUUGAGUUGUUUUUUGUUUGGGGUUUUUAUUUAAGAAAUGUGUCACCUGCGUAUCAGUCAGAUAUUUAGAAGGCUGGAUUUUUGGGGUGGUUUUUUGUUUUGUUUUUUUCUUUUUUAAGUUUCUCUAUCAUUUUGAAGGUGUUUUCCAGUUGGAUGAUAUACCUACAGUGUAUCAUCUUCAGAUGUCUUAGUCUUAGGCUAGAUUUAGCCUGUUUAUUUUCCAUAUUUUUGAGAAGCAGAAAACACUGACAACCUGAGACAAAUGACAAUCAGCAAUGUUGGCCUAGUAACAUUUACCAACCAGGUUGAGAUUACUUUCUUGAAGAUUAAUUUUUCUUUCAAGCUUCCUAAGGGUACUGUGUCCUGACACUGUUUCAUGAUGGCAUGUCUGUACCUACAAUAUCAUCUACCACACAUGGAGGAAUAAGCUUCCAUUCCUCUGGUAGGUGCGAAAGACAUUUGCCUCAUGAACUCCAGAACAGAGAGUGGAUAAAUAGCUUCAUUCCACAAUGCUGCAACCAAUCACUUCCAGUUUUAAGAACACAGUUUUUUUUGUUUUUGUUUUUGUUUUGUUGUUUGUUGUUUUUUUUUUAAUGAAGAUAUAGAUAAACCACCAAACUGAUUUAAUAUCUCUGAUGAGUAUGAGUAUUUAAGUGUUCCUCAUAAAAGAAUCGGAAUGUCUCAAAAAACAUAACAUUAUAUAUUAAAUAAUAGAUAAAAUUUUUUAACUGGUUAACACACAAACCACUCAACCCCUAACAUUAAACGGAACAUCUUUUAAUAAAUGCAAGCUAGAAUGAAAAAUGAAAUACAUCUUAGUGCUCUACUCAUAUUGUACUAAGUGUCAAACUGCACUCAGGAUUUUCUUCUCAAUUGGGAGUUUGCUUUCAGUACAGCAGUAGGUUAGUAAGUGUGUUUCAGUUCACAACUAAAGAGAACAUUUAGAUGUAGGAGUAGAAAAUUGAAUGUUUCCUGCUGUUCUUUGUACAGAUAUCAAGCAGUGACAUCAAUUCCUGCUUUUCUAAAAGCCAAAGUAAAUUAUAACUAAUCCGCAAAAUAAACCUGCAUUCAGUACCAUGCAAGAGACUUGCAACGUAAAUCACAGACAUAAUUCAGUCACAACAUUCUGUUGAUGGAGACGAGCAAAGAGCAAAAACAAAUGUCAGGCUUAGCAAUCAUAGAGGUCAGACAUGAUAGUUGUUUUUAAAGUAUUUACAGGCUAAGAUACAAAAAAAAAAAGAUAGUAAGACAGUUACUGAUGCUGAAUUACAACAUGAUAUAUUAAACACAGAAUUUGGGAUAUAAUGCUGUAUGUAAAAAUGAGGAGAGUAGUUAUCUGUAUAUUAAAAUUUAAAACAUGGAAGCAAAGAAAAACAGCUAUAAAAAGAGUAAAGAAUGUGUCUGAGGAGGGAGUGGUGAUUACAAGACAUUUAUUUUAUUUGUCACUGAAAUGGUGACCUGAUAAUACACACAAAUUGCCUUAGACCCAAUCUCAGCAGUGAAAUGAGGAACAUUAGAGAAAUCUAAGUGUAACAGUGUUCAAGGAAGGAGCUUAUCUUGCUAAAUAGUCCUCUCCACUCUGUGUGUUCCCACACAACAUCUCCCACACUACUCUCUCUCCUCCUUCUUCCCAGUGGCUCGAUAGAAUUACCACUACCUUCUUUCCAAAGCCGUGCCUACUGGGGAGCAGAGCCCUGAUCAGGCGAGGCAGACAGCAUUCAGUUAUGAAGGAACGGUCCAAGAAAACUUUUAGAUUGAGUAUGUUGAGAGAACAGAUAGGUAAAUCUGUUAUUUUUUUUUUUUUAUUAGUUGGCAAAGCACUAAUGCACAUCUUUAAAGUCACAAGUGAGGCACAAUUGUUUUUCCUAUUUUUUGUGACAUUUAUGUCAUUAAAAUCACCUAAAAAUAGUCCAAAAGAACUGCUUAAUGUUGUCAAAAUCUGGCUGUUGAUUAUUUUUUUUCAGAAUACUGUGUUUUUUUCUGCCUUUUUUUAUUCUGUUUAACACCUUUCAUUGCUGAUUCCGCAAGCCAUUUUUCAGUGUCUAGCCUCAAAUGCACAGAUGCUAUAUCUAUCUGAAUACUAAAAUAAAAAGUGUUAAAAUCUUGGGGAAAAGUCCACUGUAUUAGGAAACAUUGCAUCCCACAUACCUGGCUUUUUCAGUACAGGAAAUCCUAAUCGUGACAAGACAAUAAUCCUCUGGAUAAGAUCUCAGCCCACAGAAAGCAGUGCAUCUCAGCAGUGGACUAUGCUGCAUUAGGAAGCAGCGAGGAGCAAUCCCAAAUUAAAGAAUAGCUGGCAAUUUUAGAGUAAAAACCUCAGGUGGCAAAGUAGAGUAAAUAGAAUUACAUAAAUUUCCACUUUGUAGGCAGAUUCCUAAAUAAAGUUGCUAAUUCUAACAAUAGUUCUUAGACUAAGUACAAUAUUUCUCUCCUUCCCAUUUCGUCUUUAUUCGGUGACCCAAGGAUAUCAAUUACUUGCUGCUUUUAGUAUAUACUCACUUGACUUGCACAGACAUCUUACAUGAAUUACUCCUCCUAUUAUUGUAUUUCUCUGUGUAAGUAAUUUUCUCAAAUGGGUUGCAGUACUGAAGUAAAUUAAAAUAUAUCUUUUGCUCCUACUGUA